AAUGAAAUCAACGUCCUUGUUGGACGUAAGAGAAAAAGACUAGGAUGGCUCUUCUGUAAUGUUGCGCACAUAUGUUCUCUGAGCCAUAUAAUACGUUCAGGCUGUAACAACUUUUACUACAACUACUCCCUUUAUAAUAUUUCGGUCUUUUCACAGGUACAUGUGCACAAUUCCUCCAAAAAAAGUUUCCCUAAAAAGAUUGUCUUCAUUUUCUUUGUGAUGCCUUUCUAUAUUUGAAAUAUUGUUGCUUUUAUCACCGAUGAUUAAAGCUAGCAUACGCAUUCAUGAUAUAUACGCCCUUGCUCCCAACGACUUGAUAAUAAUUGUUUUUGGCGAUAGAGAUACAACACGAUCAGAUGUCAGGCUCUUAAUUUCAAACUGCUGGAGGUGGUAAAAGCUGGUGAACUAGAAAUUUGAUUUGGUUCUUCGUGGUGACCACCCUCUUUCGCUAGAAAUUGACAUAGACUUACAUCAGAUAAUUUGUAGCUACCUGAGCUUCAAAAUGGCUGCAUUUUCCGACGUCGGCGCGUUGUGCGACAUCUGUGGGAGUCAGGACUUCCUGCCGCUUAAGUGCGACACCUGUCCUCGAGUUUUUUGCGAGUCGUGCUUUCGAGAUCCCGAAAAACAUAACUGCUUAUCGUCCUCGGCAAACACAAGCACAGUGGGCAAUGGCGAUAGGAGAGCGAGGACGAGUCACCAGGAUGCUGAAGUAGAUGAUGACGAAGAUUUGUAUGGAGAUGGUGUGCCAGGAGGUGAAGGUGGUAAAGGUAAUGCCGGUACUAAUGGGGUUUCAACCAUGACAGGAGGAGGAGGAGCAUCAUCAUCAACUGGAGCUGCUCAACUGGAAUGCUUCCAAUGCCAUAUCAAGCUGAUUCCCGAGAAAAGCUGUGUAUGUCCUAUUUGUGACAAGGUCACCUGUUUCCGACACAGAUUCGAGGAUGACCACGACUGCUUUGAUUUCUUCAAAGAAUUGACGCAGAGAUUUGGAGAACGGCCAACUGGACAACCGAUUAGCGAUGAACAAUGGACGCUAGUUUUUCGGAUUAUCCAGAACUUAAUCAAGAAGCAAGAUGACAAGUUCCGAAUACUGAAACGAAGUAACGAGACGCUGAGGAGCCAGAUAUUCUCGAGCAUACCGAUGAUUAUGGCAAUGUUUUGUUUUAGCUCUACUCCUAGCUGUAGGUUGAAGAAGUCAUACACAUACUUGUACUAGACCACUUGUUGAAUAACAAGGUUCUCUUCUUCUAUGAUCUACUUAUCAAAAUCAAAGAGUGAUGUUAAUGUUUUAUGUUAUCGUGGUCAUGGUCAACAGCAUCAGCAAUGUCCUAGAAGUUCAUGUCCAUUUCGAGUUUUUUCUCCCUUUAACUCUGUGCGCAUCAUGACUGGACUUGGGUUCGCGACGAAUGGCGAAGCGGGCUUGACGCUACCUGUUGCCCAAGUUGCGCGCGUCGCUAGGGUCUGGCAGCAAAACAGAGGCGUGGCGGAAACCUUCAAGACUAAAACAGAAGCUAUCCUGCUCUUGCCACAUGCAAGGAGUGGAGCUGGUGCUGGGCAGGGGAAAAAUGUCGAUGAAGCUGCGCCUCGUGGUAGUACGACUUCGUCUUUGUCGGCAGGGACAUCAGCUUCGAACACCCCAUAUUUGUCGAGAAAAGUCUCCGAAAACGCUACUUCCCAAGCAGCGCCCGCAACAGGAUUUCAACCGCCUCAGAGGCAAAGUAGUGUUGGUACUUCUGCAGUGACCUCCUCUAGUAAAACCGCUGGACCA